GAGAAGCAGAGGCAGGACAUAACACUGAGGUGAGAACACCUGGAGAACAACUGUGAAAGACCCACAGCUUCUUUCAAAACAUCAAUAUGAAGACCAUCAUUUCGAUCGCUCUUCUCUUGACUACUCUCUGCCUGGUCUCUGAGGCUGUCCAAGUCCAGGAUGGAGAAAAUUCCUACUCACUUGAAUCAGUGAAGGUCCUUCAGCAACUGUUGGACAGUAGCUCUGUCCCCAAACAGCAGAAUCCUCGUCUAGUUAAGACCAGCUACAGCGCAGUUUGUGGCAACCCAACCCUGCCCCAGGAGUUUCUAGGGCUCUGUCGUCAAAGUGGCUCUGCCCUGGUCUUCUCCAGGCUAGCUGCAAUGCCUAUGGAUGUGUGUGAAAUCUGUGCUUAUGCCGCCUGCACUGGUUGCUAGACAUCUUUUCUGCUUGUGAAGGAAUGUUUUUUCCAGGCACCCAAGUGCAACAGACUGUUUUGGAACUGUUACCUGUUUAAUGCCUCUUAGUCUGAAAAUUUGAUAAACUGGUAUUUUUUAUUUGUUACAGCAAAUAACGAAAAUUUGUUUAUUUAUCGUUUUGAUGUAGAAUAGACUUAUUUUUCUAUUUCUAUUUCUAUGUGUCUUGUGUUUGCAUAUUCUUAUGUUCAUCAGUUCCUUAUAUCCAGUAAAACACUUUCAAACGUAUCAUAUUUGUGGCAGUUUUUGUAAGGGUGAAAAAUACACUUAUUAAUAUUAAACAAUCAAAAGUGUCUAACAGCCUCUUCAGCUGAUCUGAAAUGAUUUCUUCCCAAUCCUUCUUGCCUAUGUAAUUAUAAUUGAAAUUACAAAACACAAUCCUGCUAAAUGUUAUUGGGGGAAGAUAAUAAUAAAUGAUGCAUAAAUGGUUUA